AUGUGGUCUCGUCUUAUUGUGAAAAACCUCCCAGCGUACGUCGAUGACAGUCAACUACGUAAACACUUUACCCAGCCGGACGCAUUGAAGCCUGGACAACCCUCGACCGCAGUGCCUCUCAAUUUAACUGAUGUGCGUCUGGCGCGACGCCCAGAUGGUAAAUCACGUCGUUUUGCAUUCCUUGGCUUCAAGACAAAUGAAGAGGCGAUUGCUGCCAGGAAAUACUUCGAUCGUACAUACAUAGGGGGGAGUCGUAUCUCGGUUGAAGUUGUGGAUUCGGCGAAGCUUCAGGAGCCUGGCAAGAAACGUGCGCGGACUUCGAAGCAAGAGGUUCGUCAUGAGGAGCCUACCGAUACUUCUUCACACGAACGUGCGAAAGCGACCGAUGUCGAGUUAUCUGGGGCUUCAAAAUCUUCCAAAGCUCAGGAUGACUUCAUCGAGGCAUUCACUCGCCGCAGCAAGGGUCCUUCCUGGCUAGACAGUGACGCCGGAACGGCGGCUGCAUUCGAGGCCGUGACCAAACAAUCGUCUUUUCAAAAGACACCAUCCGAAGAACAGCGGUCAGAAAACGAAAACGAGAACGAUCAAAUUGUGGAAAAUGGUGAAUCUGUCCCUAUGUCUGAUUUAGACUGGAUGCGUGCCAGAAUGAAGAAAAACUUGGACGAAGACCUUGUUGAGAAACCCUUUUACCAAGACAACUCUCAUGAAGAGAUAGAAGUUGAGCACGCUAGUCCCGCCAAUGCCGUCGAUCCCCUCCCAGAAUCGCCGGAAAUAUCCACCGCCACCCCCUUCCAAACGAGGAGAUUGUUCUUAAGGAAUUUGGCAUAUGUGUGCACCGAGGACGAGAUCCGCAGUGAAUUCAGUCGUUUUGGAACUGUUGAGCAGGUUCAUAUGCCCCUGACCUCAGAGCGCACAUCCAAGGGUCUGGCCUAUGUAUCUUUCACUGACACUGAUUCGGCGGAGCGGGCCCUCAAGGGGAUGGAUCAUGCUUCGUUCCAAGGCCGCCUCCUUCACGUCAUGCCUGCGGUCACAAGAGCCGGGAAAGGAGAGGCUGACUCCCGAAGCUUGUCAGCGGAUAAGAAGGCAAGCCUCAAAAAGGAGAAGGCUACAAAACGAAAAGAGAAUGCAGGCCAAGAUUUCAAUUGGGGGAUGUUAUACAUGAAUAGCGAUGCUGUGCUGUCUUCUGUGGCCGAUAGACUCAAUAUUUCAAAAGCUGAAGUUCUUAAUCCAGAAGCGUCGAAUGCGUCCGUUCGACUAGCACUUGCGGAAACGAAGGUCAUUGAAGAGACGAAAUCAUUUUUCGAGCAGCAAGGUGUAUCUCUUGAAUCCUUUAAAUCCCGUACCAAAUCCGAUACCAUUAUCUUGGUAAAGAAUAUACCAUAUGGAACUACAGCAGAUACCCUCCGCGAAAUGUUCUCGCCCUUCGGAGAUCUCUCGCGUAUCUUAUUACCGCCCGCUGGUACUCUAGGAGUCGUGGAAUUUGUUCACGCGGUAGACGCAAGCAAGGCAUUCAAGGCUAUUGCGUACAGGAGGAUAAAAGAUUCAAUCAUUUAUCUCGAACGCGGCCCGGCGGGGAUGUUUACGCAGGCUUCCAGUAAUAAACCUUCUGACACGAAAUACCCGUCUGUAGCUUCUGCAGUCCAGCCAGUUUCUGUCGCAGAAGUGGCUGCCGAUGACUCCGAAACUCCACCUGGCGCAACGCUAUUCGUAAAAAACUUGGCUUUUGCAACGACAGAAGAAAUCUUGAACUCUGCAUUUCGCUCUUUGCCUGGGUUUGCUUUCGCGCGUAUCCAGACGAAACCGGACUCCAAACGACCUGGCGCACGCCUUAGUAUGGGCUUUGGUUUCGUCGGGUUUCGAAGCGUCGAAUCGGCCCAGAGGGCUCUGUCUGGCAUGCAAGGUGCCAUUGUCGAUGGACAUGCUCUCCAAGUCAAAUUCGCCAAACGUGGAGAGGUUGACAAUCAGGGCGGUGCCGUGACAUCAGUUGGCGCUACAAAGACCACGAAAAUGAUCGUCAAAAACCUGCCCUUCGAAGCCACCAAAAAAGAUGUUAGAGAAUUAUUCAGCGCAUACGGUCAACUCAAGUCUGUCCGCGUGCCGCGCAAAUUCAACUCACAAACCCGAGGGUUCGCAUUCUUGGAUUUCAUAUCACGUCGUGAAGCCGAAAAUGCGUUUACGGCGUUGCAACACACGCAUUUACUCGGUCGCCACCUGGUACUUCAGUGGGCAGAGGACGGUGCUGUUGAUAUUGAACAAUUACGACAGACAACCAAGACCGGAUGGGGUGAUGGAGCCAAUAUUCCUGGGCGUAAACGAAAGGUUGAUAUGUUGUUAGAUGGGGCUGACGGUACAUCUGGGGAAAUCGAGGACUGA